CCCCGUCGUUCGCCUCGCAUUGUCUCACGUCGUUCGUAUCUUCCGCAUCUCAGACGCCGAAAUAAUAAGUAUCUCGCAUCUAACGUUCACGUUAAUCAUCGCUGCAGCGCCGUAUCGUAUCUAACUUCGCAUCGUCGCGGAGUACAGCGUGAAGGUGUCUGCGCUCGCGCGCGUGUUUGUGCCGUCGCGCCGUUUCUUCGUGUGUCACGCGUGCGAUACUCCCUAUAGUCCUUGUGCGACGAUCUGCCGUUUUACCAGAAGAACACAUUACAAUUAAUCAAAUUAACGUUCUCUCCCAUCAGUUUGCGCGCUCGCGAAACGACCCACGUGAUCGACCCGCGCCGUCGCCGCCACCGCUGAAAAUCGGGCGCCUCCUCGUUGCGGCGUGCGCGACCGAAUUCGGAAGUCCGCUCGCCUUCUCGCGCGACGCGAUUAUCACCGUCGCCUUCUACGGAUCUCUCAAUUCACCGCGCCGGCAAAUCGAUCCGGGUUGAUCGGAGCGCAAGCCGGAGAAUCUUGUUUCCAUUGUUGGAAUUCUCGCCUUUGUCUCGUCAUCAUCAUUCGAGGAAAAAGAGUUCGACGGAAACGAAUCAUCCUGGAAGCGACUAUGGAGAACGGAGUUCGCAACGACCUAACGGAAGCCGGGCAGGCUGAGGUCACCGCGGGAGAUGAAACGAAAAUCUUCAGGAAGAGACCAUACGCCAGAACAGUCGAUCUCUCGCUAGUACCGCUGAUGCAGUGUGGCUCUCUGGAGAUCGGCGAGGAACGCCAGCGUCGGGUCGCUAUGAUGGAGUCGCUCUGCCAGGUGAACGGCAGUAAGACCAACGCCAUCGGCAAUGGAGACCUUAACAAUGAGACCAACAAUAACAACACGAACAAUAAUAAUAAUACCCACAAUAACAAUAACCACAACAAUAAUAACAAUAAUAACAACAAUAACAGCAAUGCUACCGAUUGUCCGGAUCCUCAGCAGAGGUUAGCGGUGCUGAGUUUCGAGCAGGUCCGCCGCCUGAACGAUGUGAUGAACGAAGUCGUCAGCAUUCACGGCCGAGGGAACUUCCCCACCUUGGAGGUCCGAUUGAGGGAUCUCGUGACGGUGGUGCGCAGCAAGCUAGAAACCGAUCCGAGCAACGGGGGUGCCGGCAUGAGGGUACGCGAUAUCCGACUGAACGGAGGUGCCGCUUCCCACGUGCUGGCCACCGAGUCCCAGCCGUACAACGACCUGGACCUUAUCUUCGCGGUCGAGCUGUCCAGCGGCCGUAAUUACGACAAGGUCAAGGCCGCAGUGCUUGGCUCCCUGUUUGACCUGCUGCCGGAAGGCGUGAGCCGCAAACGCAUCACUACCUGCAGUCUGAAGGAGGCUUACGUAAGCAAAAUGGUGAAAGUGAACAACGAUGGCGAUCGGUGGUCCCUGAUCUCCCUCGGCAACUCCCGGGGCCAUCGAAAUGUCGAGCUCAAGUUCGUCGACUCGAUGAGACGGCAAUUUGAAUUCUCCGUUGACUCCUUUCAAAUCGUUCUCGAUUCCUUGCUGCUUUUCUACGAGUGCAGCAAGCUCCCAAUCGCCGAGAACUUUUACCCGACCGUGGUUGGCGAGUCAGUCUACGGUGAUUUUCAAGAAGCACUCUAUCAUCUGCACAAAAAGCUCAUCUCGACGAGGCAUCCUGAAGAGAUACGCGGCGGCGGCCUACUCAAAUAUUGCAAUCUAUUGGUGAAGAUGUACAAACCGUCUCAGCCGGAUUACAUCAAGACCCUCGAACGAUAUAUGUGUUCGAGAUUCUUCAUUGAUUUCCCGGAUAUAGGACAACAACGCUCCAAACUUGAGAACUACUUGUGGAAUCACUUUGUCGGGCCUGAGGAGGAGGCCCUCAAGUAUCAGUACCUGAUGCUGCUGCACAGCGUUGUCGAGGAAUCUACCGUGUGCCUGAUGGGCCAUGAGCGACGGCAAACCCUCGCAUUGAUUCAGAACCUUGCCUACCAAGUGCUCUGCCAGGAGCAGCAGCAGCGGUUGACGAGUCAUCAACAGGCGCCGCAAGGUCCGCCUGCUACCUACGUCUACGCCAACGGUUAUUACUACGCGCCCGUGAUACCCACGACGGCAUGCUACACGUGCACCUGCAACUGGAUGGCGUGCUCCUCGUGAUGCGACGAUAUCGGCGAUAACGUCGUAUCUGUAGACGUCGACCACCACCA